UGAAGGCAGGCCCUGGAGCUGGGAGAGGACGCAGCGCUGCACAGCCGGUCAUAUCGCUCGCCCGGGCCCACCGGCUGCAUGACUCACAGAGCAGGGAAAGCACUCAGGCGGCCUCUCACAACUACGUCUCCUUGGCCACCCACAGGAGGAUUUUAAAACCGCUUUGACAGGGUAUUCAGAUAGGGGGACGCGGCUUAGAAUCUAUGCACUUUUAGAAGAACCAGUGGAUGCUGACCCCUCAUCUUUUGGGUCACGACACGCUAGGCCGACCUGCCCCACUGCUCUCAAGAGACCCGCCGCCUGCGCGUCGCCAUGGAGCAGCCCGCCAGCAGCUGCAUGAGGAGCGCCCACGCGGGCGGCCCCAUCUGGGGGUGCGCGCGGAACCCGCACUCGGGGGUCCCAGGCGCAGGCCUGCCCCCCUACCAGCAGAUGCCCUUCUCCCUGCACCAGAAACCAGAAUUCCUGGCCUACACGGACUUCCCCGGCUCCUGCCUGGCGUCGGGGGCGUACCCCCGCGAGGAGCGGCUCUACGCUGAGCAGCACGGCGGGUACCAGCGGACGGACUGGCAGUUCCCCGGCGGAGAGCCCCAGAGCCGCGGGCAGGAGCCCUGCACGGGCGCAGCGGUGGGCGGUGCAGGGGGGGAGAUCGACAGCAUCGGGGGCGACAGGUUGCCCGGGGCUGUGGCCAGGUGUCUGGAGGGAGAGUACUCUACCCACAGCUCAAUACCCACAGAAACUGAGAAAAAGGCAUCAAAGCGGAAGAGAGAACUCGCAGAAAGCCAGGACUCCGGCUUCAAGGCAGACUCUGGCUGCAAGGCGCGGAAGGAGCGCACGGCCUUCACUAAGGAGCAGCUCCGGGAGCUGGAGGCGGAGUUCUCCCACCACAACUACCUAACCCGGCUGCGCCGCUACGAGAUCGCCGUCAACCUGGACCUCACCGAGCGGCAGGUGAAGGUGUGGUUCCAGAACCGAAGGAUGAAGUGGAAGAGAGUGAAAGGAGGACAGCCCGCCUCCCCCCACGACCUGGAGGCCGACGAGGUAGACUCCGCGGCCUCGCCCAGCUCAGAGUGAAUGAGCAGACCGUCCAUGCCGGCUGGACGCCUGCAGGUGCUCCACCCCAACACAAGAGCACACAACUGGACUUGUGCACAUCCGAGCGGGGCUCAGGGCACAGAGACUUCUGCAUCCAGCUGUGCCGGUUUAACACUUCUCCAGCAUGCUUUUCCAACAUGGAAUAAGGACAUAGGCUUGGGUGCUUGGAAGAGCUGGCAGAAUACUUCAGAUUCACUUCAAAGUGAGACAGACUUCCUGUGACACCUUCAGGGACAUCCCAGAACU